GGAAACGCCUACGACGGUCUUGGAGAUUCCCAGAAAGCCAUUGAAUACCAUGACCGACACCUUAAAAUUUCGAAAGAAGUGGGAGACAGGGCAGGAGAGGGAAGAGCGUACGGUAAUCUUGGCAACGCGUAUAGUAAUCUUGGAGAGUUUCAGAGAGCCAUAGAGUACCAAGAACGAGACCUCAAAAUUUCGAAAGAAGUGGGAGACAGGGCAGGGGAGGGAAUAGCAUACUGUAAUCUUGGCAACACCUAUCUCAGACUUGGAGAUUUCCAGAAAGCCAUUGAAUACCAUGAUCGACACCUUAAAAUUUCGAAAGAAGUGGGAGACAGGGCAGGAGAGGGAAGAGCGUACGGUAAUCUUGGCAACGCGUAUAGUAAUCUUGGAGAGUUUCAGAGAGCCAUAGAGUACCAAGAACCAGACCUCAAAAUUUCGAAAGAAGUGGGAGACAGGGCAGGAGAGGGAGUAGCAUACUGUAAUCUUGGCAACACCUAUCUCAGACUUAGAGAUUUCCAGAAAGCCAUUGAAUACCAUGAUCGACACCUUAAAAUUUCGAAAGAAGCGGGAGACAGGGCAGGAGAGGGAAGAGCGUACGGUAAUCUUGGCAACGCUUAUCACAGUCUUGGAGAUUUCCGGAAAACCAUAGAGUACCAUGAGCGAGACCUCAAAAUUUCGAAAGAAAUGGGAGACAGGGCAGGAGAAGGGAGAGCGUACUGUAAUCUUGGCAACGCCUAUAGCGGUGUUGGAGAUUUCCAGAAAGCUAUAGAGCACCAUCAACGAGACCUCAAAAUCUCGAAAGAAAUGGGAAACAGGGCAGGAGAGGGAAGAACGUAGGGUAAUCUUGGCAACGCCUAUAACAGGAUUGGAGAUUUCCGGAAAGCCAUCGAGUACCAUGAACGUCACCUCAAAAUUUCGAAACAAGUGGGAGACAGGGCAGUAGAAGGAAGCGCGUACGGUAAUCUUGGCAACGACUAUAACGGUCUUGGAGAUUUCCGGAAAGCCAUGGAGUACCAUAAACGAAACCUCAAAAUUUCGAAAGAACUGGGAGACAGGGCAGGAGAGGGAAAAGCGUACGGUAAUCUUGGCGUCGCCUAUAACAGUCUUGGAGAUUUCCGGAAAGCCAUAGAGUACCAUGAACGAAACCUCAACACUUCCAAACAGGUGGGAGACAGAGCAGGAGAAGGAAGAGCGUACGGUAAUCUUGGCAACGCCUAUAACUGUGUUGGAGAUUUUCGGAAAGCCCUAGAGUACCAUGAACAACACCUCAAGCUUUCGAAAGAAUUGGUGGACAGGGCAGGAGAAGGAAAAGCGUACUGUAAUCUUGGCAACGCCUAUCACAGUCUAGCAGAUUUCCGGAAAGCCAUAGGGUACCAUGAUCGACACCUUAAAAUUUCGAAAGAACUGGGAGACAGGGCAGGGGAAGCAGGAGCGUACGGUAAUCUUGGCAACGCGUAUAGAAAUACUGGGAAUUUUCAGAAAGCCAUAGAGUAUCAUGAACUACACCUUGAUAUUUCGAAAGAACUGGGAGACAGGGCAGGAGAAGGAAGAGCGUACGGUAGUCUUGGCAACGCCUAUUACAGUCUUGGAGACUUCCAGAAAGCCAUAGAGUACCAAGAACGACAUCUCAAAAUUUCAAAAGAAGUGGGAGACAGGGCAGGAGAAGGAACAGCGUACUGUAAUCUUGGCAACGCCUAUUACAGUCUUGGAGGUUUCCAGAAAGCCAUAGAGUACCAUGAACGACAUCUCAAAAUUUCAAAAGAAGUGGGAGACAGGGCAGGAGAAGGAAAAGCGUACGGUAAUCUUGGCAACGCCUAUUGUAGUCUUGGAGAUUUCCAAAAAGCUGUAGAUUACCAUGAACGAGACCUAAAAUGGUCGAAAGAACUGGGAGACAAGGCAGGAGAAGGAGCAACGUACCGUAAUCUUGGUAACGCCUAUUACAGUCUUGGAGAUUUUCAGAAAGCCAUAGAGUACAAUGAACGAAGCCUCAAAAUUUCAAAAGAACUGGGACACAGGGCAGGAGAGGGAGGAGCGUACGGUAACCUUGGCAACGCCUAUCACAGUCUUGGAGAUUUCCAGAAAGCCAUAGAGUACCAUGAACAACAUUUCAAAAUUUCGAAAGAAUUGGGAGAUAGGGCAGGAGAAGGAGUAGCGUACUGUAAUCUUGGCAACGUAUAUAACAGUCUUGGAGAUUUUCAGAAAGCCAUAGAGUACCAGGAACGAAACCUCAAAAUUUCGACAGAGGUAGGAGACAAGGCAGGAGAAGGAAAAGCGUACCUCAAUCUUGGCAAUGCUCACAAACGUCUUGGAGAUUUCCAAAAUGCCAUUCACUAUUAUAAGAACGGUGUUAUAGCGUUUGAUCAUAUCAGGAGAAAGCUUACAGCUAAUGACGAAUGGAAGAUUAGCCUAAGGAAUACGUAUGAUCGUGGUUAUUCGACGCUAUGGGGGCUGCAGUUUAUGCAAGGUGAAGUCGUCGAGGCACUUUUAACUGCUGAUCAUGGACGUGCACAAGCUUUAAACGAUCUUCUGGAGUUCAAGUAUGGGUUUAAAGGGAUACUUCCAGAUAUAGGAACGCUAUCUGUAUCGACUCCUGACAUUCUUAGUUACCUACCAUCAAAUACAGCUUUCAUAGGUAUCAACGAGGGAGGAAUAGUUCUUUGGGUGAACGAGAAAGGAAACGAAAUCAAAACUAGAAGAACUGAGAUCGAUAACCCCGUUACAACCUAUUUUCAGUCUCUACUGGAGACUGCACAUGAAGAAAUAGAUGUGAGAGCUCAUCUUAACUGUGAAGAUCGCUCAAUGAGUAACCCAAGCGAUAAAACGUUAGCAGAAGAAAGAUCCAGUAAGCCAAGGUCUCAUUCCUCAGAUUUUCAGACAAAGUCAUUACAAACAUUGUACAAUGUUGUUAUAGACCCUAUAAGAGACUUACUCGACGGCGAUGAAGUUGUGAUUGUUCCACAAGGACCUCUGUGUUUGGCCCCUUAUGCUGCUUUCAUGGACUUGAAAUCUAAAUACCUCGGCGAAACGUUUAGAAUUCGUCUGCUACCCUCGCUUUCUAGCCUGCAAUUGAUCCAAAAUUGUCCAGCAGACUGGCACCACAAGACUGGCGCCCUUCUCGUCGGCGAUCCGUGGGUAAAGGAGGUAAUUUAUGAAGGAACGACGCUAGAGCAGUUACAGUGGGCCAAAAAAGAGGUGCAGAUGAUUGGGGAAAUACUUCAAACGGAACCUCUCGUUGGAAAGCAGGCAACAAAAGAUGAAGUUUUGAGACGUAUCUCCUCGGUUUCGUUGGUGCACAUUGCUGCUCACGGUAAAAUGGAAACAGGAGAAAUUGCCUUGGCCCCAAACACAACACGUUCAUCCCCGAUUCCAGACAAGGAGGACUAUCUCUUAACUAUGAAAGAUGUUUUAAAGGCGCAGAUAAGGGCAAGACUUGUGGUACUUAGUUGCUGUCAUAGUGCACGGGGAGAGGUCAAACCUGAGGGCGUGGUUGGCAUCGCACGGGCAUUUUUGGGUGCUGGUGCUCGUUCUGUUCUGGUGUCCCUGUGGGCGAUUGACGACGAGGCGACUAUGGAGUUCAUGAAACUUUUCUACCAACAACUAGUCGAUGGACAAAGUGCCAGUGAGGCCCUGAAUGAGGCCAUGAAAUCCAUGAGAGAAUCUGACCGCUUUAGUGCAGUGAAGUACUGGGCGCCGUUUGUUCUCAUUGGUGACGACGUAACGCUUGAGUUUGAGGGCAUCAAAUAAAUAGAAAGGUAUUUCUGGGUGUGUUUAAAACUUCGAUAUAUUACGCGCUUUAGCAAAAGUUAUUUGAACAAGCAAUUAUUCUUGCCAUUUAAUUUUUAGGGCAACGAAAAACUCAGGUGGUGUCACUUAACAUGAAUCUGCUAAUCACAGGUUAAGUUCACAACAAUUUAAGGAAUACAAACGUUUCACUGACGGACACAAGCAAAACUAACUACGAAGGAAUGGGUGGACACCCGACAAUUUAGCUAACAAUAAACGACUGUUACACAGGAUCGAAUCGCACUAAUGGCAUUUCGAGUCGUCAUAGCCAAUACCAUCACGGCUUAACUGACAGACGAUCAAUAAAAUCGUGAAUUACUUACUUAAUUGACCAAUCAGGUCAAUAACCAGAGUUUUGUAUUACUAACUGACUUAGUACAACUCACUUUGACUCCAGAAGAUGACUACCACACAGGUUUUCGAAACUUCAGUGACUGUACAACAACAACAGUCCCAAAAUGCUAAGAUAUGCUGGUUGCUUAGAAGAGGUUCCAGGUAUGGUGUCCUGGGGGUAAAAUCAGUUAGGUGUUUUUGACACGUGGUCUUCUCAUUGCACAUAAGCUGCAACAGAGGUCAUUCUCACCAGAUACAUCGAUUAUCAGCACGCACGCUUCAGCAUCUCUAUAAGACGGACACCUCUGUAAAACGGACACCAAGAAUUGGUCCCUGCCUUUCUUUACUGCCCUUAUUGACUCUCUCUGAGACGGGUACUUAGUUUCGGUCCCAAAAGUGUCCGUCUUAGAGGAAGUUGACUGUAUUCUGUACUUCUGUUAACUUUCUAACGUUGCUAUUUGCUGUUUGUGUUGUACAGCUUCUGCAUCAAAAUUAUGAAGACGAAGGCGGCGAAGCAGUUCCUAUCUGAUUUGAAGUUGAACUCAGUUUCCUUGUGUCACAAUUAUGAGGUGGAGCGUUCCUUCCAGGGAUAGGAACUCUUAAUGAGGAAGAGACAAUGAUGCUUUUAUUAAAUAACGUAACAUAAGAACGUUAAUUUAGUGUUGAUUUGUUUAGCCUAUACAAGCUAAUUGGGGACAAUAAUAACAAGUUUUAAUCUUUUCGUAGUCCAAAGGUUAAUGUCCUUUUCGUAGCUUAUCGUCAGUCGACUAGUCAGUCGUGUGCACAGCUUGUGCAUGCGCACUUGCAACUUGUUCCGUAGUCACCAGAGGAACAUCAGGAAUCAGUAGUCAAUUUGUUUUUGCAUUAUAAUACCGUAUGUGACAGAGGCACUUGAGACGUGUCUACUGGCAAUUAUAUUUUUUACGGUUUUAUUGAUAUUUACAUAGUUGUAGUUUUAUUUCUAUUGGUUAAAAUGUUGAAGUUUUACAUUUACUCGUCUGUUUAAUAUGCUUAGGAUGUUUAUUUCAUAGCCGAGGAUUAUUCACGUACGUGGUUUUUACCAUCAGAAAGCUUAAGUUUCUAAGACGAGGACUAGAUUUUCCCAAUGCUAACUAGUGCGCGCGCGCGAACCGACGUCAUUUUGACGGGACAAUGUGAAUGCCAUUUUACUACGAGUUUUAGCGCGAAUAUAAUGCCAUUUAUGAGCGAUCGGGAGAGGGCUUCACCUCCUUCAACGGAAAUAAGCUUUCUAACUUUUUUGGUGAAAAAAGUACAAUAAAGCUUUCCGGGAUGUCUAUUUUUAAAGAAUAGGCGAGGAAACUUAAAUGGAAAUGUCGUUCUCGUAGCCAUCCUCUCCCUCAAAUCUAAAGCUCUCUAGUAAAUAACAUAACUAAACAACUUUAGUUAAGUAUCGGUUUGUUAGCUAAUACAAGCUAACUGGGGACAAUAAUAAUAAGUUAAAUCUUUUCGUAGUCCAAUGAUUAGUCCAAUGAUUCGUAGCUUAUUUUACCACUAGUCAGUCGUGUGCAAAGCUUGUGCAUGCGCACUUGCAACUUGAUUAAUAGUCACCUGAGGAACAUCAGGAAUCAAUUGAGUAGUCAAUUUGUAUUUCGAUAAUGUUAUGCCAUAUGUGACAAAGGCGCUUGAGACGCGUCUCUAUUGGCAAAAGGCCACUUCCGAGUUCCAAAAACCCUCACUUUCAAAAUGAGGCUAGGUGCACAACCUUUCUUGUGAAAAUGAGUUUUAUUUGCAUGAGAAUGAAAAAUGAUUUCCACUUUAAAGGCUGAGCACCUACCCUCGUUUUGAAACAGAGGCUCGGGGGAACUCGGAAAUGGCCUAUUUAAUAUAGUUUUUACGCUUUUAUUAUUUACAUAGUUGCAGGUUUUUUUCUAUUGGCAGAUUGUUGAAAGUUAUUUAGUCUAGCAAGGUUUCCAUUCUAAUACUGGAGUCAAAUUCCCUGUUCAGUUACUAAGUUUUAUCAGUUCAUUAUGUUGUAGUUUUGCAUUUACGUUUUACUCGUCUACGCGUAAGAUGGCUAUCUCAUAGCCGAGGAUUAUUCGCGUACGUUUUAUCUAAAACAUCAGGAAUCAGUAGUCAAUCGAUAUAUCCAUUGUUAUACCAUAUGUGAUAGGGCACUUUAGACGUGUCUAUUGGCAAUUUAAUAUAGUUUUUACGCUUUUAUUAUUGACAUAGUUUUACUGAGUUUUAUUGGCUAUUGGCAGAUUGUUCAAAGUUACUGCCUAGAAAGGUCUCCAUUCUUAUACUGAAGUCAAAUUCCCUAUUCAGUUACCAGGUUUAAUCAGUUUAAUAUGUUGUCGUUUUACAUUUACUCGUCUUUUUUAUGUGCGUAGGAUUGGUGUUUCAUAGCCGAGAAUUAUUUUCGGAGGUUGUUUUUAUCAUCAGUUUUCUGGUUUCUAUUGUCGACACCUAGUUUUUUUUUUAAAAGUCUGUGAUAACUUUGGCUCUAACUGUGAGCCCUUUAUCCUGUUCUAUAAUUCAGUAAGCAUAUUAUGGUACAUUCGACUUACCUUUAUUUAACAGCUAGUGUUUCUAGAGGGUAUAUAGGCUUUGAUAGAUUGUGCUAGCGUAAUUUUCGGCAUAAAUAUUCGUUAUUACGAGCAUAAAUUUCUUCCACUUUUUGAAACAAAUUUAGCUUAAAUUAUAUUUCGGUUGCAAGGACCAACGUUACAAAACAGCAGGUCUGGGUCCUAAUAUAUAAACGAUCUAAUCAGCUAUAAAUUAAAAUAUCGAGCAAAAGAAGCAAGGCUGAUUUUACAUUCGAGAAUAUAAUAAUUGUUGUUACCAAUACUUCGUAGGUCGCCGCCCUCCUUUUUCAGGGUCCUUUGAAAAUACAAAACUGCUUCCAUAUUUAACAAUUUUGUCUAGUUUUGCAGCACAAAGUUGUCUUUUAUUAUGGACCAUGCAACACUCCCCUCUAAAAUACUCCAAAAUACUAGGAAUUGGAAAAAAAAAGCGCAAAAUCAUUUAAAUGCACUCAAUUUCUGGCUAAUUAAUAAGCCUUAGCACAUUGUAACUUGUUCAAUGUUAUGGUCAAAGUAAGGAAAGACUAACAAGAACAAAAAUGAUUCUAUGCGAGGAUUCUGAUACCGAUGUUGAAAUUUGCUCCCCUCUUGAACCCUCAAAAUUAAAUAAACACCCCGCGGGCGUCCAUUGGAUCAUUUACAGUGAACAAAUACAAUCAACAUUGCGACAAGUAGCAUGGAUGAUUGGCAACUGACCUCAUGAUGGAGAUGGAGAAAGAGGGUGGAAAUAAGAAAAACAAAUACUCUGUGACCAGGAGAGAGCGUUAGUUUUCAAGGGGAAAUUGAAGCCAGCAAUUGAAGUGCCGAAAUAUAUUUCCCUUGUUAUGGGCGUACUCCACUCAAAUGUAAGGGAAUCCAAGAUUGUGUUGGAUUCAGAUUCCACGCCAUGGAUUCUGGAUCCUAGGCACUGAAUUCCAGUCUCUGAUGAUGGAGCUUGGAUUCCGGACUCCCAUGAUUCUGGAUUCAGGCAAAAUUUCCCCGGAUUCCGGAUUCCACGAGAAAAACUACUCGGAUUUCGGAAUCCGGAUUCCCUUACAUUGGGAGAUCUGUACCUGGGGUUACACUAAAGGACUGGGUACAGCGGAAUUCGUGGAACCUGCCGACGCCACGCAACAAGGUAACAGCCCGGCUCCCCGCAAAUGACAGCGCACGUAGACCUGCAACACUUUUCUCCAAAUGACGUCUAUACUCACGAUAUCCGUUCCGGUGUUCAUUGCAGGCUCCGGAACGGGGUUAUAGGCUCCUGUGUGAAAUCUUCCAUAGAAAAAGUUGAUCUGCGACUUCCUCUAUGUCUCUAACGUCAAUGUACUCCUGUCACAGCGUUUUCACAGACCAGAACCGCGAAUAUUUAAAUCUUUAAGUCUCACAAACCAGUCUGCAAAAUCUACAGACCUGAAAGUUCUAUUUUUUUCCAUAUAACGACGUUUAGUUAAAAAUAGACCCGUCCGUCAAAACGCCGUGACAUAGGAUGGUGUAAUGAGUAUUAAGGUUCGUUUUAGUUUUUUAGUUACGAAAAGUGUUGUUUACUGUGUAUUGGGUUCUAUAUAUGACACUCAUAGUUUAAUUCCCCUGUAGUUUUCCAGGUAGCUGCUUUUUGCAAGUCAAUAUAUUUCUGGAAGCACUUACGUCAUUUGCUGACGUAAUUUCAUCAAACAAAGAAACAAAAGAGGGAAAAUCCCCAUCACCUGCCACGCAGGCUGGCUUACCUUUCUCUUUUGCAAACAGGUUGAUUGUCGAACCUUUUUAAGAGAGAGUCCAUCUGAAAACCAUGCAUUAUAAAAAAAUCCGUCUACAGUGAACAAAACGGAUUUUGUUUAUAUUCUAGGUAGGUUUACAUAUUGAGGUGAUAAAACCAUGUGUGCAAUAUUGUUGCAAAAUUCCUUAACUUGUAGAAGAUAUUGCGAUCGAAAAGAUCCACGACAGGUAUUAUUCAAAAAGGGUUAAAUUUUUUACCCAAUUUCACAACAAAGUUUCUACUAAUGUAUUGACCAUUUCCCGAUCAAAUCAUCAUGUUAGAUAUAGUAAUGACUUGUUAUUCCCGUAAUUGUAUAAUUAAGUCCAGGCGUUUUGUAUUUUAGUAGUAGACAUAAUUAAAAAAUUAGCCUUUUUGGACUACGUGUGACAGUAAGGAUUUUGUGGUAAAAUUAUCGUUGAAUAUUGAAAUUGCGGCGUUGUUUAUAAAGUUGAAAUAACACUUAUCUUUUUUUAUUGCCAUUAUACAAAGCGAAUAUGCGAAGAAAACUGUGUAAAGUUAAAUGCCACAUACAAUUUUUACGGUCAAAAGUUCACUAUGUGUGCGUUGGGAAUAACACCAAAAGACAACAGGUUUCAUUUCAAGUAUAGAAAAAAAAUAAAGGUGAGUAAAGGACAAAGACAGAUCUAGGGACUUCAUACAAAAUCAUUGACUACUAAAUUAACUUCAUAUAUAAAUUACACCCACAUACUGCCUCUGUUCGAAGUCCUGCAGUUUGGAAACUGAAGUGCAAGAUACCUGCCGACGUUGAUCGACGGAGGAGUCAAGCCAGACUCGAAAGUCUGAUUACCUAAAAUCGUAAAGUUUGAAAUUUUCUCCAAUAGUUCGGUCUUCCUUUUCAAUUGUAUAUCCACGCACAGUUCUUUAAGGCUUGCAUUCAUGUCCAGUUUGGCUAAAGAUUAAAAUUAUGGAGGUCAAAGAACCAGGUAUUACACUUGCCGCCAUUUUGUUCUACUUGUGCCCAGUCGCUCCUCGGCCAGAACCUGCCUGCAUGGUAGAAUGGGUUCCCAGACAGUGAUGACAGCCUAAUAUGCGAUCAGCAAUCACGAUCGCAGGCUAAUGAUAGCUUGGCAUUCUGACACACCGCCACCCAAUAAAAAUUCCUGCUUGAUUAAAACUGUAUUUUUUAUUGUAGUCCAUAUGAACGUCUUAUUCCGCUUACGUAAAUCUCACAACACCAUCUUUUAUGCAACAUUUUUCGUGUUUGUCAAACAUUUACCCGUCUAUUGUUCAUCUCAAUAAUGUCCCUGAUUCUGUUAUGAAUAACAGAAUCAGAAUCAGCCCCAUGAGCUCAGGAUAUGAGCGCUAUAUGAGCGCUGUAUAAAAAAGUUAUUAUUAUUAUUAUUAUUAUUAUAUCGCAACUCUAUGUAUUGUGCUAAUCUAGGGUUGGGAGAGUAGAUCGUUGACUAUUCUAAAGCGAUAAUGUUAGAAAAGUGGCAAUAUAUCUAAGAUAUAUUGCGAUUCAUUGCUAUCGAUGUACAUGAAUACCACUCUCAACACCUGUGGAGAGCAACUAUUAGUCAGUCCUUUCAUAUCUCAUGACGGGAGCUGUCAAGGUCAAGCUAUCACAAGUUCUGCGAAAAGUUUUUAAGUCUUAGCCCAAUUAACAAUUAACCUGCGGUGAAAAUGGUUCAAGGGUUGCGCACUCUCCAGUUCUCUCAUCUCUCUCUCUUUUUUUGCGGGCAAUUUCUACAUGAACCUACGCUCUUUCAAAAGCGAAUAUUCGCCUAUUUACAAGCUUAAGUCUGAUUUAAUUUUUCUAACAAUACAGAAAUAAUCAGUUUCACAUAAGUUGGACAAUGUAGUAAGAUACAAACAGUUACUGGUAGACUGAAUUUAGAGCGUUAGCUGGUUGAGAACCCUUCUGCGCAGGUGGUAUCUUUCUGAACGCUCGACUAUUGCCUCAGCAUCUUCUUCGAGACUAACCAAUGCUGCUGGUUGCUGAUCGAUUUUUUUCAUUGCAGCCAACCUCGAAAAAUAGCUAUUAACUUGUUGGGGAGUGAGCCACUCGUCUUUGCCAAAUAUCCGAGCUCCCUCCUCGGUACGUACUGUGCGCAUUCGUGCUGAAGCUUCGGCAGGGGUGACUUUCCGACCAGUUUCUUCACCAAUCAUGAACUGCUCGAGCAGAUAGUUCUUAACUUUAACCGAAAACCUGCUUCUUCGCUUUGAUUUAGUCUGCGCCCACCCCAUAGACAAAACAUUUUCUUCCGUUACUCCAAAGGACGAACUGGCCGUUAAGGCACAGGAGGGAUUUUGUGGUUUCAAACUUAAGCAAUGCUCAGCCCAUUUAUGUCUGAUCUGGUCAUAUUGUGACUCUUCGUGGAGUUUAAUCUCAUGGCGGCCAAAGUCCAAGUGUCUCUGAAGGGUUUGAUUUGUUCUGAACGUCUUGAUACAGCCCUGUUCGGGGCAAGUGAACCAAGGAAUGCCCUCGUCAUUUGUAGGAGAAACGACGGUCUGUUUGGCUUGGUCACCAGGCGGCCGCGUCGAAGCUUUCUUUAACAACCCGGUAGCGUUAACUGGAUCACAAAAAGGCAAUAUUACUUUCACCCCCGUCUCACUCCGUGGCUGGCCCACCUUAGCAAGCUCUUGUUUGGAAAUUUUCCUACCUUCUCCAACUUUAAACGCCUUCGAGACAGUCAUUCCACCAUCUUCAGUAUAUUCGAAGUUGUUUAACUGGCUAAUACCACUUAACUUGGGCGCGUUAGUUGUUUGCUUUCUUGUGUCUAAUUCAAUCACUGAUGCUCGACAGCCCUUUAUUCCCCCAUAGGAGUCAAUAGCUUCCUUUAAUUGACGCGCUGUUAUAACAUCGUGACCUAAAACAAGACAGAAUUAUCAGUAAAAACUGUGAAAAGAAGGGUGCUGUGAACCGUUGGCGGGCCAAUUAAAACGCAAAACGUUUUUUGUUGCUCGUCGGACUUUUUGUGGUCUUCGGAAAUGCAAAUAACUUUACUAUUUUUACAGCCUCUUAUUAAUUUUUAAUAGCCCUGAAACUAUUUGUCACCUUCAUUAAGAUAUCUUCCGAUGUGUGCUUUGAGGGGUGCGAUCUUUCUGUCGCAGACAUCUUUCCCGCUGUUCGCCUCACUGAAGCUGUAAUUCUUAAGCGCCAACCCCCUGUUCUUGUAAUUGUUGGCGCACUGAUCAGUAACGCAGCGUUGUGAUAGCAGCCAGCGUUGUCACUUCGUAAAAAUAGUUCUUUCAGAAGUGGGGACAACCGCUUAAGCUGCUGAACAAGGUCUUCCAGAAUUGAUAAGACUGCAAACCAAUCUUGGUUGCCUUUAUCAAGAAUGUGAACGAAAGUCCGAACCUUUGGAAAGAAAAAAAUAAAAAGGAUUGUAACAAAAUGACCAUUUUUUAAUGUAACGCUAACUGUAGCCUAUCGAUUACAAACGCCUUCAUUGCUCUCCCGGCUCACCUCGAGUAACGACAACUCAGAAAAAAAAAAACAAGACGACCCAGGAACCCCGAUCUUGUCAUAUUUCCGAGUGAAAUGACGUAAAUUCUCUCUCGCUCUCCUCUAAACGGGGUGCUAAUCCAUGAAAAGUUACAUGUAACCAGCGGUAUAUUUAUAAGCCUGGGUGGGGGAAACAUGCGCCCACGGUUCAAACUUAAACCUGAGUGGACCUGUAUUUUCACUAGCGGAUUCACACCUUCAACUUAGCAGAGAGUCUCUGCUUAUCCAGAACUUAUAUAUCAUGUCGGCCUUGCGGCCUCAGUUUGACCUAAGAAGAAGGUGGUUGCCCGAGUCCCCCAGGGACCCACCCUUAGGCUCUUGCCGAUUGUGCUAGCAUAAUUUUUGGCAUAAUCUGAGGAACUGAGCAUAAUUUUUGCCCUUUUUCCAAAAGUAGCACUGCUAGCAUAAUCCGUAUAUUUUCUUGUCUUAAUAGCACAAUUUUAGAAUAAUUCAAGAAAACGAAAAUCUCAGCUACUAAAAACGAUAGAUUACUAUUAACAGUUGCUUCCACUCCUAUUUUUCGAUUUUUUUUUACUUGUGUUGAGAUACCGCGGGAGUUCGAUGAAACGGAACCGGAAGUCUGUGUCUCGGUCCCAGACUCCUUAGUCUUUCUCCCAGUGCUCGUUUCAAAAUGGCGGCCGCCACGCCAAACCAGUCAAGUGCAGUGAACUUACAUCCAGAUAGUUUACAAGGUUGCGAGAACAGAGAGGAUAGACCAAAGCCUGCACAACUUGCCCGGGAUAGACGCCUCGAAUCCACCACUGGAAAAUACAAGAGGAGGGGGACGAGUAAUGUCACUAAUGUGAAAAAUGCCCGGGGGGGGGCACUUUAGGAAUUUCUGGGUGGGGAUGUGCCGCUGGGAGCCUGGAACCCUUAACCUUUACCAGAGCUAGUUCAGCUGAAUUUUGCUACCCUAUACUAGAGUAAACUCCCCAAAUCCCCCUAUCCUAGAGUAGCUGUGUACCUAGUCUAGAUAAAAUCUUCAACCAACUGAUCAGUUUCCUGAAAAAUGAUACCCUAUUCUAGAGCCAACCGCUCUGAUUUAUAUACCCUAUCCUAGAGUAAACGGCUUGAAAACCAUACCCUUCACAGCGGCACAUACCUAUAUAGCCCAUAUAUGGCAGUACCCCCCCCGGGGAAAAAUGUCCCUCUGCAAGAUCGUAUUAAUCAGUUCCCUGAUCAGCACCUGAGUGUCAGAGGCACAACGAUCUUUUGCAAUGCCUGCAGAGAAAUGGUAUCAUCCAAAAAGAGCAUUUUAGCAUCACAUUGUAGUUCAAGAAAACAUGCCAAAGGGAAAGAUGCGCUGAAGAGAUCAAGGUUAAGAGAACAAACGAUAGCCGAGGCACUCAGCAGAGAGAAGACUCGUAAAGACAACACGCUGCCGUUGACUGAGCAAGCAUACCGACAGGAAGUAGUGGAGGAAUUUUUGAAAGCAGGGAUUCCAAUCGGGAAGGUAGACAGGCUACGUCCUUUGCUAGAGAAAAAUGGGUAUCGCCUCACUCACUGAGUUGUGAAGUUUGUGCACAGAAUAAUUUUUUAAAAAAGUAGCAUAAUUUUGAAAAGCGAGCAUAAUUUGAGCAAAAAAACGAGCACUGCCACUAGCAUAAUAUGCCACUUUUACUAGCACAAUCGGCAAAUGCCUACCCACCCUCCCCCUAGAUCUGCCAUUGAUUCCCGUUGUCUCACGUACAACACUUCACUAGAUCUGCGUUUCCGUCCACAUACGGAGCACAUGUCUGUUUGUUUUACAUGCACUCCAACGGACUGGGGCAAAAAAUAUAUAUCUUUCACUUCAUCUUCCGCAAAAACUAUGCCUCUAUAGAGCAGCUAGCACGAAAAAAAAAAGCAUUACACGUGCGUUUAUGGCUUGUUCGUAAGGAAUGAAACUGAUUUUUUUCUGACAAAUCAAUCCAAGUGACGUGCUUUGAAGUUUACAGAUAAUUAGAAGCAGAAAGAAAAUUUGUUUACGUCAAACUUCGCUUCCUCGUUAUCAGGUCUUGUUAUGCAGGCCGACACAUGCCAACUGACUCCUUUUUUCCCAAACCAUUCUGCCUGGGUUUCUCUGUAGCUUCUUGGGAGCCAUUUCAUGGUCCAAUCCAUCACCACUAGCACCUGCCGCUCAGUAAGAUUAUCAAGAAUGUUUAUUUUGGCUUUUUCUUGAUUGGUAGCUCUCACUAUGGGCGAUUUCCAGUCCAUAAUUCUUUCAGUGGCUUUCUCGAUGUCAUAUUUGAGCUCUUCUUUCUGUUCCUGGUAACUUAAAAAAAAAUUGAUUUUGAAAUAAUGACAACAUUACAGAAAAUGCUCUUUUGGAGAUUUCACCAAGAGAGAUGAGUACAGGGAAGAAUGGAAAGGGAAUGAAUACUAAUUGUUCGCGCUUUUUCACUUGUCUUGUGCAUUGGCUGUUAACAAUAUAUCGUACAAUGAAGAAAGCCUUAGACAAAGGUUGAGGCACUUGUCGUAAGCGACAAACUUCUACUUUUUUGUUUGUUUGUUCUUGAUGUCGUUGUUUCUUUUUUCCCGUGUAACAGACGCUAGGGACAAGGGUACCAACCUUAAUGUUUGCAACAAAAAGCGCGGGUCGCGUUUUCCUUAAAGUCAUAAAUAUUUGGCAUAUGUCUAAUAGUAUGCAACUGUAUUUUUUACCUAAACGAAAUAUCACCACUGUCUAGUCCAGCAAUGAUGUCGUGAGCGACGUUAGCACAGUCUAAACAUCGAUCACACUGCAUAGUGUGUUCAUGGUCACAGGCCGUUUUGUACUGGACAUCAUCGGAUGAUAGGGCGAAUCGUAUACAGUGAUCAGCACAGGGACUUUCCUCCAACACAUGAAGUUUGUAAUCAGCUUUUAAGUAUCGUUUAGCUGCUCGUACCCUUUGUCUAACGUUAUCAGCCCACUGGAGAGAUGAACCUACAGCAAGUACAAAUAAAUCGGCUUAAACUCUAAAUCUCACCUAGCAAAGUCAUCUAAAAGCGAUCAAAAAUUAAAUAGGGCAUAAAAGUAGAAUAGACGGUGGGGUUGGUUACUAACUUACAGGUUGUAGGUUAAGGUGAUUCCCUAGUUUUGCAUUGCGCAUCUCUUACUGCGCAUAACAAGAUGGCCUCCGUAAAAAAGAGCAUGCGAAGUAACAUUAUUAAAAUGAAGUUGACUGAAGAGAAACGCUAUUGGAAUUUUGCUUGCUGUUGUUUCUUGUCCAGGAAAGACUCAGUGUGUUGGGAAUGUGCAUAACGUAAGCAGGGUUUGAGCCAGGCCGCGCCAUUGCGCCAAUCCCGCACUGCAAUUGGAAUUGUCCCUUUAAAAAACGGCCAAGGGGACAAUUUGUCCCCUUCAAAAUUUAGGGAAAAAACUCGAAAGGAAGCACACACGAAGAGAUUUAUUUCGGUACAGAAGUUGCAAGCUGAAACAGAACGUGGAAAGCAUAUUUUAUCGCACCUUUAAAGUUCAUUCCAAAGUUACGUUUCAGUCACGCUCCUACUGCUAUUUUUUUCGGAAAUCAAAGACAGGGCUUCUGAUUUUUCGCGCGGUCGCGGAGCCGCGAAAUUCGGUAGAAAUCUUAUCAAAUACAUGUCUAUACAACAUAUUUGAAACUUAUUUCAGCUAUAGGGGCUAUUUACUUGCCGUAAACUUGCAAAUUUAUCUUGGAACUUCGUCACUGAAACGUGCAAACAGAUUAUGUUGCGAAAAACUGGGCACUAGCCAUCAUGUUAAAGGCUUUGCCAUUGGUUCAUUUCUGGAGCGUAUUGUUGUUGAAAGAGCAAAUGAUGACCUCUGUUAGAAAAACGUUAAAAAGGCUGGUCUGAUCAGCGCAAAACCGAUCGAUUUCUAGCGAAAUCGGCCGUUUUUUACCGAUUGCUUUUCGGUGAAGUUUGCCCCGAAAACUCCCGCGAAAUCGGCCGAUUUUUCCGCGAAUUUGUCCCUAAAAGUCCCGCGAAAUUUGACUUUUUCGUCCGAGACCUGUCACAAGCCCUGCUAAGAAGGAAGGGUGUACAAAUUUCUGUCCCCCUAAAAAUGAAAAUGUCCCCCAAAAUUUUAGCCAAGGGGACAAAUUGUCCCCCAGUGAUCAAAUCCUAGCUCAAACCCUGCGUAAGCAGUACGCGUGUUAAUGAGUUCGACUUCCUCACGGAGAACCUCGAUAGUGGAUGUUUAACUUGUGCUUACUCACUUUGAUUUUCAUUUAAACGCUUUCUUUAUCACAUUGUGUCCUAAAUGUAAUACCUCGAUGUAAAUUCUGUAAAAACGCAUUUUUUAAUACUUUCUUCCCCCUUUACCAUGCAUUCUAUUUUAAACUCGCCCCAGUCCUCUCUCAAAAAUCGGAGAAAAUGCAUUUGGUACGCACUUUCUGCAACUUUACCGCAAAAACGAGUACGGUGACCGCCAUUUUUUAUUUCAUGAUUUUAAUAAGGACAGUGCUUCCUUUCGAUGAGAAAAAAAUUGGCACAAAUCUAUGUUCAGUUUUUUGGCAAUUUUACUAAAUUGUACUGAUUGAGCUAUCAAGGGUCGAAUAGCGCGUGUCUAAUUUAAUUCCACUUUAGAGCGUUAAGUAAAAACAAGGGCAUUAAAAGGCAUUUUUCUGGUACGUAAGUGGAUAAAACGUACAUUAAAGUCAAAUUCUGUGGGAUACCACAAGCAUCAUCGAAAAAAUCUCUCCUUUUUGUCUAGUUUUGGCUGCCCGCGGUUUUUGUAAAUGCUCCCAAAUAGCCGUAUUUGUCAUCAUUUUCACGUCAAAACGAGCACGGUGACCCCCACUUUUUAUUACUUUUUUACCAUCUUCUUGACUUGUUCAAUCAGUGUACCAAGUUUCAUCUACAAUCUAUGUUAGGUUCUAUUACUAAUGAAUCACCUUAAGCGUACCUAGAGAUGUCAUAGUUUCUACAACCUUUUCCAAUGUAUCAAACGCUGAUGCACCUUCGCUUGUGACGUUAUCAAGGCCGGCAGGGGACUUUUUCUGGGAAGCUGCACAUAUCUGUGAAAGAAAAAAUUUGGUAACACAUCACUACAUAACGUGGCUUUUUAUCCUGCUUCCCACAACCAAAGAGUCUAGAGUACUUGCAGCCACUAUUUUACACUCUUGUUAAUUCUGACCAAAAUCACAGUUAAUAGUUUAGACUACUCUAGUUAUUUUUUUCUUUACCUUAAGGAUAGAAAAUAGGGUCGAUCUACCAAGAGGCUGAAAGCCAACUUCACUGCAAUACAACUGAUAUAGUUUGACCAUUCUGGAACUAAUGACAGUGCGCACUAAGUCAGGUAUCUCCAAACAUUCUCCAGAUGACAUUUUUAUCUUCCUUGUACCAUAGGCUACAUCCUGAAGGUAGUGAGGGCUACUUAUAAAAUCUAGGAAGUGGUCGACUUUCUCUCCUUCAAGACGAUAACGCAUCACGGGUUCUCUAACUUCAGAAUGGCCUGCACCAACAACCACAGCAUGCUUUCUUGCUUGAUCAAUUCGCCAAGUUGUGAGGCCUGGAACCAGGUCUUUCAGUUGCGUUUUAGUGUAGUGCUGCGCAAAAAUAGACAAGAUUGUCAUUUUUGUAUACCAAGAUGUCACGCCUUCGUAAAGUGAAAGCAGGGUGGCCAUAAUGUUGUUUACUGGUUCAGGUUCUAUUGGCGUUGGAUUUGCGACCUAUGCAAGAAGUUCAUUAGACUGCCCUGGUGCAAUACAUUCUAGUGUUGUUCCUACUACUUCUUUUGACUUGCGUCUUAUGUAGGAGCGCGUGCUUCUGGCAACAUCUUGAAUUGGCUGCGUGAGUUGAAAGCGCACCGGACUAAUUCUUCCACCGCUUAAUCUUUCAAUAUGCUGAUUUAGAACUUCCAGCCCGCGAUUUGGUGUAGGUGUUGGAAGGUAUUCUUCUUCCUCUUCUUCAUCUAGACAUAGUGAUCGCAUCAAUGCAGGAAUUGGAGUCAUGAUAUCAUCAAGGUGACUCUCCAGUCUAUAGUAUUCUCCUGGUUGAACCUUAAAAAAGAAAUAAAAUUUAGCCCUUUGUCGUGACGCGCAGGUGUCCGCAACACUAACGAUGAAUUUCGGUUUAGAUUUUUCAUGAACAAGUCAAUUCCACAUGCAGGGAGCGCAUCACUUGAUCAUCAUCACUUGUUUGGGCUUUCUGUAUUAAAAUAACAGAGUAUAGUACAUGAACCUGACACUACCCACCUGCACACGUCUUGGUCUGGACAAACUGGUUUCAAGUUCCUCAGCGAUGUCAUCCUCAAACACUUCACUUUCUGGCUUUCUUAUAUUCUUGACCAAUUUCGUUUUGUAUAGAGAAAAAGAAAAAGUGUCACCUUUCUUCUGUUUUUGCCCCUUACACUUUUUAUAUGCCAAGCCCUUUGCAUUGAUUUAUAAGUGUUUAUUUUAUAGCUAAAUUUUAUCUUGUUCAAGGAGCACUCUUUUCUUAUAGUUUCCCGAAUUUCAAUUCAAUUAAAUUGAUUGUUGCCUAUGUUAUAAAUUUACCUACGUUCCCUGUUUAUAUGGUGGAAACGUUCCUUGGGUAGAAGUUUUAAACGCCGAGCAACCAUGGGCGAGCCAACUGUUCCUGGGUUUCCUUACAAAACUUGGCCAACCCUUUAAAUGAGAAUCAAAAAUUUGACUAAGCAGAAAGGGUUACGCGCCUAGUGGUGUCGAUUCCGUCUAGAGGAGACAAUCACCCUGAUGUAUAAGCUCUUUUUGGCUCGUGUCUUGUUUCUUAUUUUUGGUUUGUCUGUCUUUUUUUUCCUUAACAACGCUCGCUUAAGUUGACUUGGCAGGAAGAGUAACCCUCUUUCCCGGGACAACCGGGAAAAUUACAUAAACGAGUUUUCAUUGUCCCCCGCGCCGUUAAGCAAUAGGGCGUGGUGGAACAAGAAAGAGACUUACAUUCUAAGCGGCCAAAGCUGAUACACCUGCAUGGCUCUCUAAUAGAAACCUUUUUUAAUCCAACUAAUAAACCAUUUUUUCUUACUGACUUUACUGCCGUAAUAGUUUAUGUAAAUAUACGUAAAACCACGAUCAAGUUGUCGUAAGGUUUAUCAUGACGUAAUGUGUACUUACCUGACAUGUCGAACUCGUAGAUGGUCCAAACUUCGAGUGCAUGUCCAAACAUUUCAUGCAAAUACCUAAGAGAUCCGAAGAAGGAAGUGAGAUUUUUUUACGAACUUAGUCUUUAAAUUAAACAAUGUCAAAUAAACUAAAUAUGAGCUAACCUUGUCCGAUUUGACACAACACAUUCCAUUUCUGAUAUAUUUCUUCCGAUAAACGUUUAGUAAUUCCUCUGGUCGGUUUUUGUUUGCUGUCAUGCAGUGGAUAUUUGCAUGCUUUGCUUGGUCGCCAGCCUAAUCCGAAAUCAUCUCUGUGUGAGGGACAAAUAGUUGAACAAUCUCCGUCUUCCUGGAAGAGUCCUGCUCGGUAGAGGCAGAGUCUCCACUCAAAAUCUACUCCUUUAGCCGUUGUUUUGUAGCAACCUCUCAGGUGAGGUAAAACGUCUUUUGUACACGUUUUUAAUGGCACAAUGGCUGUUUGUGCAGAGUAUCGUCUGGACACACCGCAUUCUUUACUAGAAUAACACUUAAAAGAACACUCAGCCAUCAGGAUCGAAAGUGUGAAAUCUGAUAUCAUGUGAUCGGCACCUGCAGUCACCACACGUCAAACGUCACGCAAUCAUUUCCUUCUGUUGUUCUGGUCAAACGUUUUGCUAGCUUCUCUUCAGAACAAAAUCUAUAGUUUCGUUUCAACUCAGGACAAAAAGAAGACUUAUGCUCAUUUUUAUUCAAGUACCUGGUAAACAAAGGCAGAAGUGUAGACUGAAGUUGAUUCCGCGGAUCAAAUCUGUUAGUUUAUACGGCCUGUCGUUUAUCUUUAUUUUGAUCACGUCUGUUUUGCUGUUUCAUUGCUAGAGGUUAUGACGACAACAUGAGCGUUUUAUAUUGAAAAAAGAAGGUAAGAGAAAAAUUCACUAAAUCGCCCUAUUCGAUUUAACUGUAAGCUGCUUGUGUUUAGAAAUCCAAGUCAUUUGCUAGUGUUGCCAUAAUCUCAGUUUAGGUGUGUUUUGGUCAAAAUUACAUUGUAUCGCAAGGUGAACUAACUCGAAUUUUUACAUAAACACAAUUUGUUUUAAGUGACACGGGAUUAUUUUAAUGUAAUAAUGUCAAUAAAAGUAUUUUUUCUGUCACCCGUGGGAUAAAGUUGAUAAAUAUCAGCUAAAUCACGAUUUUAUGGUUGGCCUCAUUUGCAUUAGCGUUAAAAUAAUGGUCACUUUCGGAAUGCAAAUAAUAGUAAUAAAUAGUAACUUUACAAAGAUUUUUUGCUACAUAUCGUAAGAAUGUUUCUUUGAUUAACUCAAGAUGGCUUUAAACUUUAUUAAAACAGCGCCGCAUUUCUUUAAAGAGUCGCUUUUGAGACCAUACUUCACUGGUGUCAGUUUUACUUGAUUUAUUUAAGUUUUUCUCUUACUAAGACGAAACAGAAUUGAAUAGUUAAGUGACCAUUUUUCUUAUGUUUAGGGUGCAAGCAAUCCUUCGAAAAAAAAUCAUUUCAUUUGGUUGAUUAUUUUGCGAGCAUGAGGUGAUCAAACAAGAGGUCAUUUCUGCAUGAAAUUUUAGUCCAUUUAACCGUUAAACCGGUUGAUUGACAUUUCUCCAAAACAAUAGAAUUUUGGGCUAAACUGUUCCACAUCCUAAGUCAAUAAGUGUGCCAAAUAUGAAGGGAAUCGGAGAGAUGGUCUGUAGACCACUCUGCAUGGUUUUCAGAUGGACGCUCUCUUAAGGUUAGUUUUGUUGACGUCCAGUUUAUUCUGUGAAGGAAAAGCGAUGUGUAUUAAAACUUGUCUUUAAUGUGAUUUCCUUGUAGACCAUUUCGUCACGUGAAAUCAAGCGAAUUAUUCCGGGGAAUUGUUGCGAAUUAGACUGUAUCAAGAUCAUCGUUGAAUAAGGUAGGCAUAACAUGUUAUGUAGCCAAUUGAAAGUUACUGCUUUCACUCUAGAACUCCGUUUGCGUUUACAGACUUCGAUCGCCACUAUCGUUAAUUCAGGCGACAGGACAUUUUUAGCGAUCGCGCUCUCCGAGACAUGUAGCCAAAUUUUUGCUUUUCCUACAUUUAUUAUGCAUGACUAUAUUAACUAUACGGAAAAUUUCACACCUUGCAUAAUAAUAAGUAGACUUUGUAAAUAUUUUCGACUUAAUUACCAUGAUAUAGCACAAAUGAAUUACGUGCUGUGGCAAUCGCAGUAAUUGACGUGAAACUCAGGGCUAUCUUGAAAUGUCACUACAACUGGAAAUCAGGGGCCUAGCGCGAGGGUUUGAAGGUGUACGUACGAAAAUAAAGGUUAGACUUCUGAAGGAACUGCAGAUUUAAUAGGGAGGUCUGUGAGCAUGCUCCCAAAGAAAAUGUUUAAAAUUCCAGUGCUCAGAAGUGCCAUUUCUUGCGUUUUCCGGGAGACAUUUUCAGUAAAUAAAUAUCAGGGAAAAUGUAAUAGUUAGUUGUUGAAUUUACAUCUCUAGUGUUACCGGUAGGGUACAGUGUACGGGGAAAAGGGGGGAAACAGUGACGCCAUAAAACAGAGAAACAAAAGAAAGGGAAACCCCAUCGCCUGCCACGUAGACUAGAAUUCAAUCUUUCUCUUUCGGCAAAGGGGUUGAUUGUCGAAGCUUUUUAAGGUUAGUGUUUUAUGGACGUCCACUUUAUUUUGCGAAGGAAAGACGAUGUGUAUUAAAUUUUAUCUUAAAUGUGAUUUCCUUGUAGACCCGUUCGUCGUGUGAAUCAAGCGAAUUAUUCGGGAAAUUGUUGAGAAUUACAAGACUUACAAGUAUCAAGAUCAUCGUUAAAUAAGGUAGGCAUAACAUGCUAUGUAGCCAAUUAAAAGUGACUGUUUCACUCUAGAUAUAGAACUCCGUAUGCGUUUAAAGACUACAAUGGCCACUAUCGUUAAUUCAGAUGACAGGACUUUUUUAGCGAUCGCUCUCAGAGACAUAACAAAGCCAAAUUUUGGUUUUCCCCACAUUUAUUAUGCAUGCAUGUCUAUAGAGUAUACUGACUGUACGGAAAAUUUCAAACCUUGCAUAAUAAAAAGUAGACUUAGUAAAUAUUUUCGACUUAUUCUACCGUUGAUACAGCACAAAUUCUCCGAACAAAUGAAUUACGUGCUGUGGCAAUCGUAGUAAUUGACGUGAAACUCAGGGCUAUCCUGAAAUGUCACUACAACUGGAAAUCAGGGGCCUAGCGGGAGGGUUUGAAGGUGUACGUACGAAAAUAAAGGUUACACUUCUGAAGGUACUGCAAAAUUUAAUAGGGAGGUCUGUGAGCAUGCUCCCAAAGAAAAUGUUUCAAAUUCCGGUGCUCAGAAAUGCCAUUUCUUGCAUUUUCCGGGGGACAUUUUUAGUAAAUAAAUAUUAGGGAAAAUGUAAUAGUUAGUUGUUGAAUUUCAUCUCUAGUGUUACCGUUAGGGUACAGUGUACGGAGAAAAGGGGGGAAACAGUGACGCCGUCAAACAGAGAAACAAAAGAAAGGGAAACCCUAUCGCCUGCCACGCAGAGUAGAAUCCAAUCUUUCCCUUUCGGCAAAGGGGUUGAUUGUCGAAGCUUUUUAAGGUUAGUGUUUUAUGGAAGUCCACUUUAUUUUGCGAAGGAAAGACGAUGUGUAUUAAAUCUUAUCUUAAAUGUGAUUUCCUUGCAGACCCUUUCGUCGUGUGAAAUCAAGCGAAUUAUUCGGGGAAUUGUCUCGAAUUACAAGUAUCAAGAUCAUCGUUAAAUAAGGUAGGCACAACAUGCUAUGUAGCCAAUUAAAAGUGACUGUUUCACUCUAGAACUCCGUAUGCGUUUACAGACUACGAUGGCCACUAUCGUUAAUUCAGAUGACAGGACUUUUUUAGCGAUCGCUCUCAGAGACAUGAAACCAAAUUUUUGUUUUUGCCACAUUUAUUAUGCAUGCAUGUCUAUAGAGUAUACUGACUGUACGGAAAAUUUCAAACCUUGCAUAAUAAAAAGUAGACUUAGUAAAUAUUUUCGACUUAUUUUACCGUUGAUAUAGCACAAAUUCUCCGAACAAAUGAAUUACGUGCUGUGGCAAUCGCAGUAAUUGACGUGAAACUCAGGGCUAUCUUGAAAUGUCACCACAACUGGAAAUCACGGGCCUAGCGGGAGGGUUUGAAGGUGUACGUACGAAAAUAAAGGUCAGACCUUUGAAGGUACUGCAAAUUUAAUAGGGAGGUCUAUGAGCAUGCUCCCACAGAAAAUGUUUCAAAUUCCAGGGCUCAGAAAUGCCAUUUCUUUCGUUUUCCGGAGGGCAUUUUUAGUAAAUAAAUAUCAGGCAAAAUCUAAUAGUUAGUCGUUGAAUUUACAUCUCUAGUGUUACCGGUAGGGUACAGUGUACGGGGAAAAAGGGGGGAAACAGUGACGCCAUCAAACAGAGAAACAAAAGAAGGGGAAACCCCAUCGCCUGCCACGCAGACUAGAAUUCAAUCUUUCUCUUUCGACAAAGGGGUUGAUUGUCGAAGCUUUUUAAGGUUAGUGUUUUGUGGACGUCCACUUUAUUUUGCGAAGGAAAGACGAUGUGUAUUAAAUCUUAUCUUAAAUGUGAUUUCCUUGUAGACCCUUUCGUCGUGUGAAAUCAAGCGAAUUAUUCGGGGAAUUGUCUUCAAUUACAAGUAUCAAGAUCAUCGUUAAAUAAGGUAGGCACAACAUGCUAUGUAGCCAAUUAAAAGUGACUGUUUCACUCUAGAACUCCGUAUGCGUUUACAGACUACGAUGGCCACUAUCGUUAAUUCAGAUGACAGGACUUUUUUAGCGAUCGCUCUCAGAGACAUGAAGCCAAAUUUUUGUUUUUGCCACAUUUAUUAUGCAUGCAUGUCUAGAGAGUAUAUAAUAAAAAGUAGACUUAGUAAAUAUGUUCGACUUAUUUUAUCGAUGAUACAGCUCAAAUGAAUUACGUGUUGUGGCAAUCGCAGUAAUCGAUGUGAAACUCAGGGCUAUCCUGAAAUAUCACUACAACUGGAAAUCAGGGGCCUGGCGGGAGGGUUUGAAGGUGUACGCACGGAAAUCAAAGUUAAGGUUCUGUAUAGUCAAUAGGCAGGUCUGUGAGCAUGCUCCCGCAGACACUUUUUCAAAUUCUAAGGCUCAGAAAUGCCAUUUCCUGCGUUUUCCGCAGGGAAUUUUCAGUAAAUAAGUAUGAGGGAAAAUGUAAUAGUUAGUUGUUUUAAAAAAAUUACAUCUCUAGUGUUACCGGUAGGGUACAGUGUACCGGGAAAAAGGGGAAAACAGUGACACCAUCAAAGGAGUUACAAGCAAUGAAGACCGGCAAAUACACCAAUACAAUUCGAAAGAUUUAUCAUCAUCCUGAUUUAAUGAUAGAAAUGCUUUCAGCAAAUAGAUUUCAGCUGUACACACGAGAGUAUGGAGUAUGUGCGUUUGUGGACGCUACGCCCUGGAAAAAAACCAAAGCUACGAGGAGAUAUUCUCCUUCAGAACUUAGAAACAUUUUGAAUAAAUAAUAAAACAAUUAUUGAAUUCUGCUUUCAAAGGAUGCUAAGAAUUAUGCAGUUCUUGGUGGAUAACAUCCUCCUCAAGAUGCAUAGCCUGUACACAUACGUUGUUCUUUCCCACCCCUACCCACUUGCGCUGGGGGAUAAUAAAUCCCCCGCGGGUUUUAUUUUUUAUCAGGCACGCUCGACUCACUUUGAAGAGAAAAUAGAAGUUCUGUGAACAGGCAACGAUCUGGAUAAUUUUUCACAUCCUACUAAGCCUGAUUCAAUAAAUUGCUAAUUGCAAGAUAUAUGGGUCAGCCUUUACUCCGAAUUGACUGAAAACGUAAUUAAAAAACCCAAGAAUAAUUCAUAAAGAAAAAACAAAAGAAAUAAGUGUUUAGUGACUGUCUUUAUAACUGUUAAAGACGGCUGAACCUUACGACCAAAUUUUUGGACCAAAAUUCCCAAAAUCUAAAUUUUAGUGCAAGAAUCAGGUGAUCUAUAUCAGAGAUAUUCUAAGCCGUUCAAAAACCUCACGCCCCUCCUGCUCGUUUUUUUAAAACAGUACAUAAUAUCUUGCUAAAACUCAAAUAACAUGAUUUAAGGUUACUAAAAGAAAUAAAGCGAUUAAUAUACUGAGUUUAUAUUUUAUCUCACUUUAUCAUACGUUACCAUACUUUUUGUGAAAAACUGAAUAAGCCACAAAAUGAAACCACAAAAUAUUUAUCCUUUUUUCAGGAGAGCUGAAAUACCAAAGCUAGCAAAAAGUGUGACCGAGAGAUAAAUAACUUUUUCAACCUAUCACAGCUUCCAUAUCUGCUCAAUUUUGGUAAAAUGGCGGAGAAAAGACAAGAAGUGGCAGACUCCUAUGUCAACAUUAAAGAUCUUCAGAACGCCAUAAAAUUCAUUGAAACAAACCUCAAAAUUGUCAAAGAAAAAGGAGACACGGCAAUAGAGGCAAAAGCAUAUUGUCAUCUUGGCAACGCCUACCACAGUCUUGGAGAUUUCCAGAAAGCCAUAGAGUACCAUGAACGACACCUCAAAAUUUCGAAAGAACUAGGAGACAGGGCAGGAGAAGGAAAAGCAUAUUGUAAUCUUGGUAACGCCUAUAACAGUCUUGGAGAUUUUCAGAAGGCCAUAGAGUACCAUAAACGACACCUCAAAAUUUUAAAAGAAGUGGGAGACAAGGCAGGAGAAGGAAGUGCGUACUUCACUCUUGGCAUAGCCUAUCACAGCAUUGGAGAUUUCCAGAAAGCCAUAGAGUACCAUGAACAAGACCUCAAAAUUUCGAAACAAGUGGGAGACAGGGUAGGAGAAGGAAGAGCGUACUGUAAUCUUGGCAACGCCUAUCACAGUCUUGGAGAUCUCCAGAAAGCCAUAGAGUACCAUGAUCGAUACGUUAAAAUUUCGAAAGAACUGGGAGACAGGGUAAGUGAAGGAAGCGCGUACUGUAAUCUUGGCAACUCGUAUUUUAUUCUUGGAGAGUUUCAGAAAGCCAAAGAGUACUAUGAGCGACAACUCAAAAUUUCCAAAGAAGUGGGAGACAGGGCAGUAGAGGGAAGAGCGUACGUUAAUCUUGGCAACGUCUAUCUCAGUCUUGGAGAUUUCCACAAAGCCAUAGAGUACUAUGAUCAACACCUUAGAAAUUUGAAUGAACAGGGAGACAGGGCAAGAGAAGGGAGAGCGUACUGCAAUCUUGGCAACGCGUAUAGUAAUCGUGGAGAUUUCCAGAAAGCCAUAGAGUACCAUGAACGAGACCUCAAAAUUUCGAAAGAACUAGGAGACAGGGCAGGAGAAGGAAGAGCGUACUGUAAUCUUGGCAACGCGUAUGACAGUCUAGGACAUUUCCAGAAAGCUAUAGAGUACCACGAAAGACACCUCAAAAUUUUAAAAGAAGUGGGAGACAAGAAAGGAGAAGGAAGCGCGAACUUCCGACUUGGCAAAGCCUAUCACAGUCUUGGAGAUUUUCAGAAAGCCAUAGAGUACCAUGAUCAAUACCUUAAAAUUUCGAAUGAACUGGGAGACAAGGAAGAAGAAGGGAGAGCGUACUGCAAUCUUGGCGUCGCGUUUAAUAAUAUUGGAGAUUUCCAGAAAGCCAUAGAGAACCAUGAACGACAUCUCAAAAUUUCAAAAGAACGAGGAGAUAGAGAAGGAGAGGGAGGAGCGUACGGUAAUCUUGGCAACGCCUAUCUCAGUCUUGGAGAUUUUCAGAAAGCCAUAGAGUACCAUGAACAAAACCUCCAAAUUUUGAAAGAACUGGGAGACAGGGUAGGAGAGGGAGCAGCGUACGGUAAUCUUGCCAUCGACUACCACAGUCUUGGAGAUUUUCAGAAUGCCAUAGAGUACCAUGAACGAAACCUCAGAAUUUCGAAUGAACUGGGAGAUAGGGCAGGAGAGGGAAGAGCGUACGGUAAUCUUGGAAACGCCUUUAGAAAUCUUGGAGAUUUCCAGAAAGCCAUAGAGUACCAUGAACGAAACCUCCAAAUUUGGAAAGAAAUGGGAGAUAGGGCCAGAGAGGGAAAAGCGUAUUGUAAUCUAGGCAACGCCUAUGACGGCCUUGGAGAUUUCCGGAAAGCCAUAGAGUACCAUGAACGAGACCUCAAAAUUUCGAAAGAAGUGGGAGACAGGGUAGGAGAAGGAAGAGCUUACUGUAAUCUUGGCAACGCUUUUAGCUAUAUUGGAGAUUUCCAGAGAGCCAUAGAGUACCAGAAAGAACACCUCAAAAUUUCGAAAGAAGUGGGCGACAGGGUAGGAGAGGGAAGAGCCUACGGUAACCUUGGCAACGGCUUUAGAGGUCUUGGAGAUUUCCAGAAAUCCAUAGAGUACCAUGAACGACACCUCAAAAUUUCAAAAGAAUUGGGAGACAGAUUAGGAGAGGGAAUAGCGUACAGUAAUCUUGGCAACGCCUCUGGAGGUCUUGGAGACUUCCAGAAAGCCAUAGAGUACCAUGAACGACGCCUCAGAAUUUCGAAAGAAAUUGAGGAUUGUGCUGGGGAAGGAAAAGCGUACGGUAAUCUUGGCAAUGUCCACAAAAGUCUUGGAAAUUUCCAGAAAGCCAUUCAGUAUUAUAAGAGCAGUGUCAUAGCGUUUGACCAUAUCAGGGGAAAGCUCAUAGCCAAUGACGAAUGGAAGAUUAGCCUACGGAGCACGUAUGAUGAUACUUAUUCAAACUUAUGGGGGCUGCACUUUCUGGAAGAUAAUGUCGUCGAGGCACUUUUAACUGCUGAUCGUGGACGUGCACAAGCUCUAAACGAUCUUCUGGAGUUCAAGUAUGGGUUUAAAGGGUUACUUCCAGAAAUAGGAACACUCUCUGCAACAACCCCUGACAUUCUUAGUUACCUACCAUCAAAUACAGCUUUCAUAGGUAUCAACGAUGAAGGAAUAGUUCUCUGGGUGAACGAGGAAGGAAAAGAAAUAAAAACUAGAAGAAGCCAGAUCGAUGUCUCCGUCACAACCUAUUUUCAAUCUCUUUUGGAAACUACACGUAAAGAAAUAGGUGUGAGAGCUGAUGUUAAUUGUGAAGAUCGCUCAUUAAAAAACCCAAGCGAUAAAAAGUUAGCGGAAGAAAGAUCCAGUAACCCAAGGUCUCAUUCCUCAUGUUUUGAGACAAAGUCAUUACAAACAUUUUACAAUGUUGUUAUAGACCCUAUAAGAGACUUACUGCAUAGCGAUGAGGUUGUGAUUGUGCCCCAAGGACCUCUGUGUUUGGCGCCUUAUGCUGCUUUCAUGGACUUGAAAUCAAAGUACCUCUGCGAAACUUUUAAAAUUCGUCUGCUUCCUUCCCUUUCUAGUCUGCGAUUAAUCCAAAAUUGUCCAGCAGAUUGCCACAGCAAGACUGGCGCUCUUCUUGUCGGCGAUCCGUGGGUACAGGAGGUAGUGUAUGAAGGAAUGACGCUGGAGCAGUUAGAGUGGGCCGAAAAAGAAGUGCAGAUGAUUGGGGAAAUAAUUCAAACUGAACCUCUCGUUGGAAAGCAGGCAACAAAAGAUGACGUUUUGAGACGUAUCUCCUCGGUUGCUUUGGUGCACAUUGCUGCUCACGGUAAAAUGGAAACAGGAGAAAUUGCUUUGGCCCCUAACAUAACACGUUCAUCCGUGAAUCCAGCCAGGGAAGACUAUCUCUUGACUAUGAAAGAUGUUUUAAAGGCGCAGAUUAGGGCAAGACUUGUUGUACUUAGUUGCUGUCAUAGUGCUCGGGGAGAAGUCAAAUCUGAGGGUGUGGUCGGCAUCGCACGGGCAUUUUUGGGUGCCGGUGCUCGUUCUGUUCUGGUGUCCCUGUGGGCGAUUGACGACGAAGCCACUAUGGAGUUCAUGAAACUUUUCUACCAACUCCUAGUUCAUGGACGAAGUGCCAGUGAGGCCUUGAAUAAAGCCAUGAAAUCCAUGAGAGAAUCUGACCGCUUUAGUGCAGUGAAGUACUGGGCGCCGUUUGUUCUCAUUGGUGAUGACGUAACGCUUGACUUUGAGGGCAUCAAAUAA